GCGUCCUCUUGCAGUGUAAGGUCUGUCUUCGGAACAGUAAAACAGCAAGGAUGGAUUUCCGACGUGUUUCUAUUUUUCUGCUGGGAGUUAUUUGCCUUAUUCAGAGUUCUGACGCCACCGUAACGGCAUGGUCAGCACCACUACCAGGAAUAUCUGCUAAUGCCAAUGGUACUAUCACGGCAGCUGGGACCAUUGCCGAGAAUGCAGCCGUUGGAACCAUCCUCUUUACGGCUAAUGCAACCUUAAAUGCUGCUGGCAAAGUAUCAUACGCCCUGACGAAUACUUCAGGUGGUAAAGGAACAAUAAAUUCUACGACUGGCGUUGUUACUUUGGCCACUGGUCAAUCAAUUGACUUCGAGACAACACCAACUCUUGUGUUCGUCAUCGAAGCUACAGACGGUUCCGACCAAGCGAAAGGAACGGCGACUGUCACGUUGUCAAUCACUGACGAAGUUCCAGUCUUUCCUUCAGCCACCCAAACAGCUUGUAUCAAAGACCAGUCCGCAGCAGGUACAGCACUGGGGACAUACACUGUGACUCACCCGGAUCCAGGGGAUACACUCACAUACUCGAUUGCUUCCGGUGAUUCUGGCUCAGAAUUCGCGAUAGAUGGAUCAACAGGCGAGAUAACUGUAGGAAAAACUCUUGCAGCCGCCACUUACACACUGGUAGUUCAGGCGGUCAACAAUGCCAAGGCAAUGGGAUCAACAACAGUAUCGGUGACCGUUGGAGAUUGUGUAACAGUAACCAUCACUGACUCUAACAAAGCCCCAGCCUUCUCGUCCAUCAGUUCAACCGCUUGUAUCAACGACAACUCCGCAGCAGGUACGACACUUGGUACCUACACGGCAACGGACACGGAUGCAGGAGAUACGCUCUCAUACUCCAUUGCUUCCACCGGAAACUACAGCACAGACUUCGAAGUGGACCCUUCAACAGGUGUGAUUACUGUGGCCCCUGGAAAAAAACUUUCUAAGGCUAGAACCGCCACUUACGCACUGGUUAUAAAUGCGAUCGACAAUGCCGUGCCACCUAAGACAGGCACGACGACGAUAUCUGUUACCGUUGGGGAAUGUAGCGGCACCGCCGCUUUAAUGUCAUGCAUUUCUUUGAUGUUUGUAGCACUGUUUGCUACACUAUUUGUUAAGAGAAUUGUUUAAACUGACAUGAAGGAACACUUUAAACCAUUUUAGAGACUGAUUGAAGGCUACAAACGAUCAUAUCUAGGUCAAUUUAGAUAAAAAAAUUAACGCUGUUGUUGAAUGUUUCGAUUGGUAUUUAUCGCGUUUUAAAAAGUAAAUGUAAAUUUAUUUCAUGUUAUUUUAUAUUUGGUGUGAUCAUCAGAAUUUAUUUAUUUGCAUUGAUCGUUGAUCUGCCUGUUCUCUUCAAAUGUUGUUUUGUUGUACUUGUUUUUAUUUUACCUACAAUAGUUAUGUUAGAUCUCUGACGAGUGUCUUGGAUCCAUGCAAUAUUUGUUUUCUAAAGUGAAGCCAUCUAGAAGUUUGCUUAAUAUAAGAAAUUUUAAAAGAUGUACUAUAGCAUUUUACCUACGCCUGCGCUGUAUAAAUCCACGUAUUAUUAAUCAGAAAUCCUUUACGAACUCUUAAUGGACAAUAAAUAGAUACAAAAAAAUAACCAAACAAUUUCAUUUUGACUGCUAAUGUAUUCAGACUUUGAAAAUUGAGCAGACCAUAGGAAAACGACGAUACUGGAGAAAAUCAACUAUGAUUUUGCUUUAACAGCAAUGAAAAUGAAUUUCUACGAAUGUUGAUUAAAAUAUAUGCUGGAAACAAGGUUACUCUCUCUAGCAUACUUGGUAGCAUUUAUCAAAUAAAGGAUAUAUUUAA